AUGGCUCUGUACAUAAGCAAUCUUGAAGAGGAUAUAACAGGCGCCGUUUUGCUUACGUUUCUGAAAGAUGCUGGCAUUCCUGUAAACGAUGUGUCUAUUGCGAAGAACCAGAACGCCGAGCAUCAAUUUGUUCUCUCCUGUUCUCAAGACACAGCAGAGUUAAUUAUGAGGCUUAAUCGGUGCUGCAUCUAUUACAGGGAGAUGCAAAUAAUAUCCACUGAUGGUACACAAAAGGCCUCGAGAGCCUUUUUCAAGUCACUUGUUAACGGUACCGACGGGCCAAAGCCUGCGUCCAUCGACUCUCUGCUGUCCCUGCUGAGGGAAGGGGGCGCGGUAGUUCACAGUAGCACCCCUGGAAGUGCCAUAGGACUCACUCCAGAGGCCGUCAUGGCCAUCUACCAAAACUUCGGACCAAUUCUGGCCCUGGUCUACCCUGCAGCCCAGGCUAAGCGAGGCAUGUGGUACCUUGUCUACGCCACAGAAGCUGCAACAGACACCUUGUUAGCAUCUCCACCGCUUUCUCUGGGGGGAGUAGUCAUUACCUGGAAAAAAAGAAAUCUUGCACAGCUCAUUGACGUGCUCAAUGACUCAACUGGAAAUAAAUGA